AUGUCUGCCGAUCAAGCGCAACUGCGGACACAAGCUUUGGAAGCUUAUCGAAAGAAACUAAAAGAUCAUGAAAGGUGCGCCGAAAGUCUGAAACGCUUACGCUUCUCGCUGAGGUCGUUGGAACAAGACUACGAUAAGUCGGAGGAAGAUAUUAAGGCACUUCAAUCGGUUGGACAAAUCAUCGGAGAAGUGCUGAAAGCUUUGGAUGAUGAACGCUUUAUCGUCAAAGCAUCCAGUGGGCCGCGUUACGUAGUGGGUUGUCGAGCUGCAGUUCCGAAAGACAAGUUGAAGAAUGGUGUUCGAGUUUCAUUGGACAUGACUACAUUGACGAUCAUGAGGAUCCUGCCCAGAGAAGUCGACCCUAUGGUUUAUAACAUGUCGACCGAAGACCCCGGAUCGGCCUCGUUUGCCGGGAUUGGCGGUCUGUCAGACCAGAUUCGGGAGCUACGAGAGGUCAUCGAGCUGCCGUUGUUGAACCCGGAACUCUUCCUUCGAGUUGGUAUCAAACCUCCGAAAGGUGUCCUCCUCUACGGCCCCCCUGGGACCGGAAAAACAUUACUGGCAAAAGCCGUCGCCAAUACGCUGUCCACAAAUUUCCUGAAAGUUGUCAGUUCAGCUAUAGUUGAUAAGUAUAUUGGUGAAUCAGCACGUUUGAUCCGUGAGAUGUUUGCAUAUGCCAAAGAGCAUGAGCCAUGUAUCAUCUUUAUGGACGAGAUUGAUGCUAUUGGAGGUCGAAGGUUUAGCGAAGGAACAAGUGCUGAUCGCGAAAUUCAGCGGACAUUGAUGGAGCUUCUGAACCAAAUGGAUGGUUUUGAUUAUCUCGGACAAACAAAAAUUAUCAUGGCUACCAACCGACCGGACACACUGGAUCCCGCCCUGAUGAGGCCUGGAAGGUUGGACCGAAAGAUUGAGAUUCCUCUGCCGAACGAAGUGGCUCGAAUGGAGAUCCUCAAGAUCCAUGCCACCCCGAUUCAAAAACAAGGGGAAAUCGAUUACGAGUCGAUCGUUAAGCUGGCUGAGGGUUUCAAUGGAGCUGAUUUGAGGAACGUCUGCACUGAAGCUGGAAUGUUCGCAAUCAGAGAUGACAGAGAUUAUAUAGUCCAGGAUGACCUGAACAAAGCUGUCCGAAAGAUCCAAGAGUCGAAGAAGCACGAGACAAAGAUGGAAUAUGGAGAUGUGUAA